AUGCAUCUAGUGACUCGCCUGCUCGGUUCUUUUGCAGCUGCUGGAUUUCUUCCAGCAGUUCUGGCAGCUCCCGCACCUAGACCUCAGAUGAGCUAUGGUCAACAAUCAGUCGCUGUUGGCGGUGUAUCUGCACCAGUUCCCACAGUUACUGCUGCUACCGGCUCUCUUUAUGGCGAUGGAUCAUUACUAGGCGAAAUCGCAAAGCCAUCGCCUGUCUCUGGAGGAGAUUCGGCCAUUGUGUCUAAUCCCCAAAUGGUAAACGGUCAAGAGGCAGAUGAAGAUCUGGGUUUAUAUCUGGACUUCAACAGCGUCUCAAAUCCACAAGCUAUUCGAGGGUCGGGUGGUCAAACGGAUCCUGGGCCACAAACACUAGAAUAUCAGAAAUUGAACCCGGAUCUUUUUGCUCCCCCAGGAACAGACAGUGGAGAUGUACCACAAGCACAAUGGCCCAUGGGAAUGUCCCACAACAGACCUGGCAGUGGCAAAAGAUCCGGAUGGGCCCGACAGCAAAACACCAAUCAGUUACCUGCCGCGACCGAGAUGGCUGGCGUAGAUAUGCGUCUAGCACCAGGCGCAUACCGAGAAUUACAUUGGCACACGGCAAAUGAAUGGUCUUUGAUGCUGAAAGGAAGCGUACGAUUAUCUGCUGUGAACGAGAAGGGUGAAACCUUCAUCGAUGACAUUAGCGCAGGAGAUGUAUGGUUCUUCCCAGCCGGUGUCCCGCAUUCUAUUCAAGCCUUGGAUGAGGGCUGCGAGUUCUUGUUGAUUUUCGACGAAGGCGAUUUCUCUGAAGAUGGUACUUUCCUCGUCUCCGAAAUGUUCCUCCGCAACCCUAAAUCCGUGCUCUCCAAAAACUUCCAAACCCCCGUUUCCUCCUUCGACAACCUGCCCUCGGACCAACUCUACAUCUUCAACGGCACUCCCGCUCCCGCCAACAUAACCGAGCAAAACCAAACCAGCUCUGCCGGUGCCCUCCCCCACAAAGAUACCUACACAUACCACUUCUCACAACAAGAGCCUUACGUCGUCCCGGGCGGCUCCGUAAAAAUAAUCGACACGACCACGUUCCCCAUCGCUUCCAACUUCGCCGCCGCCCUCGUCACCAUCCAACCUGGCGCCAUGCGCGAAAUGCACUGGCAUCUCACCAGCGACGAAUGGAACUUCUUCCUAUCCGGAUCCGCGCGCAUCACCAUCUACGCAGCGCCAUCCUCUUCUCGAACAUUUGAUUAUACAGCCGGAGACGUGGGGUAUAUCCCGGCUAGCAAUUCGCACUAUAUUGAGAAUACUGGAACGGAAGAUGUGGUGUUUUUGGAGGUGUUGCAACAGCCGGUUUUUAGCGAUAUUAGCGUGGCGCAGUGGUUGGCGUUGACGCCGAAACAGGUGGUGAAGGAUACGUUGGGACUGAGUGAUGAGGUGAUUGAUGCGAUUCCGAAGGAGAAGACGUUAAUUAAGGUUGGUAAUGCGAAUUUGACGGCGUUGGCGGCGGAACCGAGUGGGGCGGGUGCGUAUGAGGGGUAG